CUAACUACCAGCAGCUUUGGUAUCGGUGGCCAAUCGACAGCAAGACGAGAGAUUCUGGUAUCUGUGAUUGUUUGUGGUCUUGUUGCCGAUGUUUGAUGGUAUGCUGUGGGUUAUCUCUAUCCACCCAGGGUCGUAUAGUGUCGAUUUUUCUAAUUGUGCAAGUGGUGCUGAUGUCGAUCGGCCACAACAGCACUUUGUGUAGUGAUUUCCGACACUGAAAGCCGUGUAGUUACCGGUCUGUUUGUAGCUCUGUUGAUUAAUCAACGGACUAUCGACAACUACUGAGAAGUUGUCAUCAACAGACAAAUGUUCAGACAAGUUCCUCGUGUCGGACAUACAGCUGCACGUACAACUACGGUUCGCUAGUAAGUCAGACUCCUGCUAAGGCAGCCGCAACAGCGGUACGGGAAAUAUCGUAUUACCACUUUACAGCCUCGAUUAUUAGCAGUAUAAAUGCAAAGUUCGUUAAUCGGUGGCGAGAAAAAGCUGUCUGUUUGUCGUGCGUCUGGCCGUCUGUCCGUGUGUAUAUAACAGCCUCACUGGUGGAUUGUCGUCUACGCUCGCAGCAGAAGCAGCGAACAACAAACGCAACAGCAGUUUGACUUAAACCUGAAUCUCCCCUCGUUCGUUUGGCGUUGGAACGUUACGCGAUUGAUAUCUUGUUGCCGCCCGUGGCAUAGGCAACUAGAGCCCGAGGCAGCGAGGACCUCUUCACGCUCGCCGGUAGGCACUUCUUGGCUAAUUUUAAGCUAUUUGCUUGACGGGACGUCGAUUAGCUAGCCGUGUUGAGCUUUGCUGUGUCGUGCCGUGCUAUACCGUGUUGAACUCUACUGAAAUCCAGAAAAAUUAGAUCGUUCACUAUCGGCGUUGCAAGACUGUGACUAUUUUAAUUGGCACGGGAUUUGAGAAAGCUGUUCCCGCUAGCGGUAGCAGGGAUCGUUAGCGAUCUCCGCGCUUUCUAACCUCCGAACGCUAACCGGCGAUAUCAUUAUUCGCAACUGAAACCAGCUGGUUUUGUGUUAACUGAAAUCGCGAUUUAACAUUAACUCAAGGUAAUAUUAAGCCACGAUUUCGGAUUGAUAAGGGCAAGUGUGCUUUGUUGAGGAUGGAGUGAAUCUAAAGUGGGUGCAGGCUACUGAGCACAAAUCCAUCACUUCUCAAGUCCGAUACGCAGCUUUCAAGAUAAUUAGAACCACAUUUAUCUGCUUGUAGUCAUUUGCUUCAUCUAGAGUGGAAUAACAAUCAAAGAUUAUGCAUCGGGACAUUUCGUGUGGAAACAAGCGUCUUUACUGCAUUAAAAUAGUGCGCCUUAUCAAAGUAGUAACCCCACCAGUGUGUACUACCAAGUUUGGCAGUUUUCGUAUUGUUCAUCGUACUCGCAUCAGAAGUGAGGAGCGUUCCCAACAAAUCAAAAUGUCGUCGCAGAAAAACGACGAUGCCAACAAGUCGGGCCGUCUGGGGGUCUACAAAAACAGAGGCAAGGACACAGAGGAAAUGCGCCGCCGGCGCAACGAAGUGACGGUUGAACUGCGUAAAAAUAAGCGCGAGGAAUCUCUUUUGAAACGUCGGAACGUUCCGGAAAUGGUGCCAGGGGCCAGUGACGAAGAUGACACAGACGAAGUUGGUGCCCUCGGUACCGAAGGCGUGGAUGCCGCUAAACGUUUGGAGGCUAUUGUCACUGAUGCGCGGUCCACCGAUCCAAACAUUCAGUUAGCUGCAGUUCAGGCGGCGAGAAAACUUUUGUCGUCCGAUAGAAAUCCGCCCAUCGACGAGCUGAUCCGUACAGGAGUCCUUCCUAUACUUGUUCACUGUCUAGGCCAGAACGAGCAGCCAACCCUGCAAUUUGAGGCUGCGUGGGCCCUAACCAACAUAGCUUCCGGAACUUCGGAACAGACUCGAGCCGUGGUCGAAGUCGGCGCUGUACCGUUGUUUCUCGAUCUUCUCAAUAGCCCACACGGCAACGUUUGCGAGCAAGCGGUAUGGGCACUAGGGAACAUCAUCGGAGAUGGGCCCCAGUUACGUGAUUACUGCAUCACGUUAGGCGUUGUACAGCCAUUGCUGCGGUUUAUCAAUGCGGAAACGUCGUUGUCGUUCCUGCGUAACGUUACCUGGGUAUUGGUCAACCUCUGCCGAAACAAGGAGCCACCACCGCCAGUGCCAACGGUGCUCGAGCUGUUGCCAGCAAUUGCAAUGUUAAUUCAUCAUUCAGAUACGAACAUCCUUGUCGACACGGUAUGGGCUAUCUCGUAUCUGACAGAUGCUGGCAAUGAUGUCAUACAGAUGGUCAUCGACCAUGGCCUCGUUCAAAACCUUGUUCCGCACCUUGCUCACAAAGAGGUCAAAGUUCAGACAGCAGCACUCCGCGCCAUUGGCAAUAUUGCUACGGGAACUGACGAACAAACGCAGGUCCUACUCAAUGCUGGUGCCCUUAACUAUUUCCAUGAUCUACUCAAACACCCGAAAGAGAAGAUUAACAAAGAGGCUGUCUGGUUUCUGUCGAAUAUCACCGCCGGUAAUCAACACCAGGUCCAGGCCGUACUUGACAUGGGUCUGCUGCCACUUAUCCUGCAUCAUUUGUCGGCUGGUGAUUUUCUAACGCAGAAAGAGGCCGCAUGGGCUGUGUCUAAUCUGACCAUUUCUGGCUCACGAGAACAAGUCGAAUCUCUGAUCGAGCACGGGGUCGUAGCGCCCCUGUGUAAUCUGCUAGUUGUUAGUGACCCACAAGUUUUGCAAGUUGUCCUUGACGCCCUAACCAAUCUACUUCGGCUGAGCCGGCAGCCAAACGGUGCGGAACCGAAUUAUUCCGCAGUUGUUUUCCAGAUCGAAGAGUGCGGCGGUCUCGACAAGAUCGAAGAGCUACAGAACUCGGACAAUGAAGAGAUCUACAAAUUGGCAUACGACAUUAUCGACCAGUACUUCUCAGAUGAAGCAGACGAGGAUCAGAACCUGAUGCCCGAGGUUGGACAGGAGGGCUAUCAGUUUGAGCCGAAUACGAAUAUGCCUCAGCAAGGUUUCCAGUUUUAGCUAGGUACAACCCGCAGCUGUCACGGUCAUCGCGCCAGUUCCUGACACGCGACUAUUAACAUGGGCGACUUCGGUCGUAACCAAUUAUUCAUUCCUCAUUUAGGCUUUAGGCAGGGAAUACUGGGCUGUCAUAGCUGACGACUGGAAGCGGAUACGAUUCGCAAGAAGCUGGUUAUCGUAAAUCUUGUAUAGAUAAAUGUGCAGCCUCCUUGAAUCUGGUAACAGACCGAUAAUUAAUCCCCGCGGCAAUUAACUGACAUAUAAAUAACAACCACCAGACAGAGUAAUCAUUUUCCCCUCCAGAAUUGUGACCUAAAAAUACAUUGUACGGUAAUAAAUGAAGCAAUAAAAUAGUGUGGACCUGUGAUCGCUAAUUAGACACUAGAUUGUAACGAUGAAUAUAAACCAAUACAAUGCGAGUACAAAAAUCGGUGUCUGUGAAGAAAAAUUGGAAGAUUUAGGUGAAGACGCAAUGGGAAUCGCUCAGCUCUAGAAGCCUUAGCUUAGCUGCACAUGAUUUGAGAUAUGGUUUUCUCGUUUUUGCACGAUUGUAUACAUAAAAAAAAACAGUAAAGACAAAUCUUGCCGCGACUGUGAUGGUGCGUACGCCCCACAUCUUUCGUUAGUAUUAGCAGCGGCCGUUCGGCGACGGAGACUGCGUGGUGAUUACAGUUCUUGAAUUUGCUUUCGUGAAACACUAAUCACUGCUCAACACUGCCUAAAGCAGAAAUUCGAAUUUAGCUAGGACUUGGAUCAAGAAAGCUAUGAACAAAGCUGUCAAGCGAUCCACGAUACCGACCUGGAUGAAUACUAAGACGCUGUUGCGGUGUGGCAAUAUGCCACUUUUGGCCGUGAAAAGCACGCCAUACGUCUGUCCAUUCAUUGCAGUUAACUCAGCAUCUAGCCUUGUGUUGUGCCUUUCCGUGGGGGCAUUUUGCUGUGCUUAAUUUCGCGAAUGAUUUGUUAACGAGAGGUGCGAAGCGCGUACCCAGUGCUAAUAGGUUACUUUUAUUUAGUCAGACCUCUGUUCACAUAUGCGGACACAAUGAAAACAAAGCUGGCACGUACGACCAUCUUUGUGAAUCUCUUGUGUCAAAACAUAUUGCGAAUAAAUAAUUUUGUUGGAUAGAUAUGGGCUUGUGCGCAAAAUCCGUUACGUCCCUGCCACUUUGUAAAACUAACUUAAUUGUCCAUUUUUUUUUUUGAAGAACUUGACUGAUUGUGCAUUGUUAGUUGGCUAGAAACAGAACACAAGUAGUAUCAAUGUGUUGUGGCACUAAACUCCCGCUCUGCCCCCUCCCCCUCCCCAUCCCCACUCCGAAAAUACCAACAGUUUACUGCAAGCCGUGGGGUUGAAAGUUUAUCCUGACAAAAAAUUCACGAAAACGUUGGUAUUCCUUGAGGAAGCGUCCUUAUAAGUUGUUUAUGGUGAAAUAAACGAGAACAAGUUGUUUUUCAAUGUUUUCUUAUAAAUCGUCUCUCAUGAAAACCCUCUUUAGUGAUGGAACGAAAUGUGUUUUCUCUUUCUCCCUCUAACCGUGUGCUCUGUCUUAGAACUUUUGAUAAUAACAUUAAAAUGAAAAUAAUGUAUCACGCCUCCACAAAAACAAAUGCAAAAAAAAUGCAACGUAAACAACGAACGUAAUGGCGUUAU